AGCGACCAUUCACAAAAUCAUGAGACCCAUCAUGGGACCGUGUAGCAACACUCUUUAACAGCAGUGUUUUGGGUCACCGAGGCUUGCAAUAUGGCAGUAGAAACCAUCGCCCCUGACUGGGAAUUUGACCGUUUUGACGAUGGUUCACAAAAAAUACACACAGAGGUCCAACUUAAGAACUACAGUAAGUUUCUGGAGGACUACACCUCCCAGCUGAAGGGAAUUGAGGAGGCUCUGGAUGACUCCAUCGGAGAUGUGUGGGAUUUCACUCUUGACCCCAUUGCCUUGAAGCUUCUCCCAUAUGAGCAGUCCUCUUUAUUGGAGUUAAUUAAAACAGACAACAAGGUUCUGAACAAAGUCAUCACAGUUUAUGCUGCUCUCUGUAGUGAAGUAAAGAAGCUCAAGUAUGAGGCAGAAACCAAGUUCUACAAUGGCUUGUUGUACUAUGGAGAGGGAGUGUCUGAUACCAGCGUUGUUGAAGGAGAGUCCCAGAUACAGAUGGGCAGGUUCAUCUCCUUCCUUCAGGAACUUUCCUGUUUUGUGACAAGAUGUUAUGAAGUGGUGGUCAACAUUGUUCAUCAGCUGGCUGCCCUCUACAACAGCAACAAGGCUGCAACAAAAAUCAUCGAGUCUUCAGGUGUCCAUUUCCAGAUAGUGUACGAACACCUCGGGGAGUUAUUAGUGGUUCUGCUCACACUCGAUGAGAUAAUGGAAAAUCACGGCACACUAAAGGAUCACUGGAAGAUGUAUAAAAGGUUGUUGAAAUCAGUGCACCAUAACCCUGGGAAAUUUUCCAUUCCUGAAGAGAAACUGAAACCGUUUGAGAAGCUGCUGCUCAAGCUCGAGGGACAGAUGCUGGAUGGCAUGAUACUGCAGGCCUGUGUGGAGCAGAGAUUCGACGAUCCGGGGGAAGGAGUGUCUGUUGCCAAAAACAGUGCCUUUGCCGAGGAGUUUGCCUUCAACAUCCGCACCAUAUUCACCAAUAUUGAGUCCAAAAUUGGGGAACCUUCAGAGAUUGACCAGAGGGAUAAAUAUGCUGGUGUCUGUGGCCUCUUUGUGCUUCACUUUCACAUCUUCAGGAGCGUCGACAAAAAGUUAUUCAAGGCGCUGCUGGAUGUUUGUAAAAAGGUUCCGGCUGUCACUCUGACUGCUAACAUCAUCUGGUUUCCUGACACGUUCCUCCUCGCUAAAGUCACAGCCGCAGCGAAGCUGAUGGAUAAGAAGAGUCUACAGGCCAUCAGGGCGCAGAGAGACAGCUACCUGCAGCAAAGAGCCGUGACACUAACAAAGGAUGUUCAGUCCUACUACGUGUUCGUUACUUCCUGGAUGAUGAAAAUGGAGUCCAUCUUAUCCAAAGAGCAUAAAAGGGACAAGUUGGCAGAAGACCUGAACAGCAGGUGCAAUGUGUUUGUACAGGGCAUCCUGUAUGCAUACAGCAUCGGCACCAUCAUCAAAACCACCAUGAACAUGUACAUGUCGAUGCAGCGGCCCAUGACCAAGACUUCUGUCAAAGCUCUGUGUCGACUGGUUGAAUUGCUCAAGGCAGUGGAGCACACGUUCCACAGGCGGUCCAUGGUUGUAGCAGACUCCGUUUCUCACAUCACUCAGCAGCUACAGUCGCAGGCCCUCAACUCCAUCGGCAACGCCAAGAAAAGGGUGAUCUCGGAUAAGAAGUACAGCGAGCAGCGGCUGGAUGUGCUGUCCUCUCUGGUGAUGGCAGAAAAUGCUCUGAGUGGACCCAGCACAAAGGAGCGGCGCCUCGUGGUGUCUCUGGCCCUGUGUGUCGGCACUCAGCUGAAAACGUUCAAAGAUGAGGAGCUGCUUCCACUGCAGCUCGUGUUGAAGAAGCUGGAUCUGAUCAGCGAGCUGAGCGAGAGGGUGAAGCUGCAGUGUGACUGUAGUUUCCUCUACUGGCACCGAGCUGUGUUCCCCAUCUACCUAGAUGAUGUGUACGACAACGCCGUGGACGCAGCACGAAUACACUACAUGUUCAGCGCACUGAGGGACAGUGUACCAUCCAUGUUGCACGCCAAACACAUGGAAUCAUGCGACCAGCUCCUGGAGAGCUACGACAAGGAGAUCAUGGACGUGUUCAACGAGCACCUGCUGGACAAGCUGUGUAAGGAGAUAGAGAAGGACCUGCGUCUCUCUGUCCACACACAUCUGAAGCUGGACGACAGGAACCCUUUCAAAGUCGGCAUGAAGGACAUGGGACAUUUCUUCUCCCUUAAACCCAUUCGAUUCUUCAACCGCUUCAUCCUCAUCAAAGCCUAUGUGACCCACUACCUGGAUAAAACCUUCUACAACCUAACCACUGUCGCUCUGCACGACUGGGCCACCUACAGUGAGAUGAGGAACCUCGCCACGCAGCGCUAUGGACUCACCAUGACAGAGGCUUACCUGCCCAGCCAGACACUGGAGCAGGGUUUGGACGUUCUGGAAAUCAUGAGGAACAUUCACGUUUUUGUCUCGCGCUACCUCUAUAACCUCAACAACCAGAUCUUCAUAGAGAAGGCCAGUAACAACAAGCACUUGAACACCAUCAACAUCCGUCACAUCGCCAACUCCAUCCGGACCCACGGCACAGGCAUCAUGAACACCACGGUGAACUUCACCUACCAGUUCCUGCGAAAGAAGUUCUACAUCUUCAGUCAGUUUAUGUACGACGAGCACAUCAAGUCCAGACUCAUCAAAGACAUCCGCUUCUUCAGAGAAACAAAGGACCAGUCUGAUCAGAAGUAUCCAUUUGAACGAGCGGAGAAGUUUAACCGCGGCAUCAGGAAGCUGGGCAUCACUCCGGAUGGGCAGAGCUACCUGGACCAGUUCAGACAGCUCAUCAGCCAGAUUGGUAACGCCAUGGGCUAUGUGCGAAUGAUCCGCUCUGGGGGCCUCCACUGUUGCAGCAGUGCUAUCAGGUUUGUCCCUGACCUGGAGGAUAUAGUGAACUUUGAGGAGCUGGUGAAGGAGGAGGGACUGUCAGAGGAGACCCAGAAAGCUGCAAGUGUCCUAGAUUCAGUUUUGGGAGAUCUGACCAGCAACUCUGCCGAGGGGACGGAGUAUUUCAAGAUGCUGGUGGCCGUGUUUGCACCUGAGUUUCGCAGCGCCAAGAAUAUGCACCUGAGGAACUUCUACAUGAUCGUACCGCCUCUGACGGUGAAUUUUGUGGAGCACUCCAUCAGCUGCAAAGAGAAACUGAACAAGAAGAACAAAACGGGAGCUGCUUUCACAGACGAUGGCUUCGCUAUGGGCGUGGCGUACAUCCUGAAGCUGCUGGACCAGUACCUGGAGUUUGACUCUCUGCACUGGUUCCAGGCGGUCAGAGAUAAGUACAAGAGAGAGAUGAACGCCGUGGUGAAGGAGCAGAGCGUCCAGUCUGCCAGCCAGGAUGAGAAGCUGCUGCAAACCAUGAACCUCACUCAGAAGAGGCUGGAUGUCUACCUUCAGGAGUUCGAGCUGCUCCAUUUCUCGUUAAGCAGCGCCCGGAUCUUCUUCAGAGCGGACAAGACCGCUGCAGAGGAGAUUCAGGAGAAGAAAGAUAGAGAAGAAGCUUCCAAAGCAGGAGCUCCUUCAGAUGGCUUGACCCCCGCUGACCCUGCAUCAAAGUGACACCCCCCCUCCCCAGCUGACUCGUGAAAGUGCUGUGAAAUGGCCAGAAGAGGAAGUGGGAAGAGAAGAUCUACAGUAGCGGACUGCACUGACGUGUGUGUGUGUGUGUGUGUGUGUGUGUGUGUGUGUGUGUGUGUGUGUGUGUGUGUGUGUGUGUGUGUGUGUGUGUGUGUGUGUGUGUGUGUGUGUGUGUGUGUGUGUGUGUGUGUGUGUGUGUGUGUGUGUGUGUGUGUGUGUGUGUGUGUGUGUGUGUGUGUGUGUGUGUGUGUGUGUGUGUGUGUGUGUGUGUGUGUGUGUGUGUGUGUGGGGUUCAUGGACAAACAGACAAUUGAAAGACGUUGCCCCAUGAAAAAACAAUCAUCUUCAUUAGAGAACGUGCUCCUGCAGGAAGUGUGAUUUUGUUUCCAUUCUACAGAAACGUCAAUGUAAUAAUCCCAACAGCUUUGAAAUGUCUUCUUGAAUUUGUAGCAUUUAUGCAAGCGACUGCAAUUUGAAAAGAGUGGUGCAACAAGUGCAAGGUAAAAGUGGAGACUUUCUUUUGCCCAGCUUUUGAUACAUCCAGUCCAGAUCAACUGGAUUAUUUUUAUACAGUAGAAGCCUCAUCUGUAUGUGUCCCUCACCAGAGAGGAAAUCAAUCAAUGACUAAUUUGCGUCUCUGUUUUGAUUUCAAGGCUUUGCUACAUCUCUUUCUGUCCAGUGUACUGAAUGUGAUUGAAUGUCUAUGGCUUUUAAUGGCAGCUGUGUUCUUGAUGCCUCUCUACAUUACAGCACAGUGACGACUCUUGAGAAUGUUUUCAAUGUAUAAUCUUCUCAUGUUUGUGUGCCAAAUUUGUCUACUGCUAGUCUUUGUUUUGUCUAUUUUAUACAUUGUAUGAAUUAUAGUGUGUAUGUGCCUUUCUAAACUGUGGAUUAUUGUUUCCAUAAUUACUUUUAAAAUAAUACAUCUGAACGCACAAGAUUCUUGAUCUGUGAGUGUAGCAUAGUUACAAGUUUCAUUACUUCUCUACAGCACUGGAAUCAUUUUAAUCAUUUAAGUUUUAUUUCCCAAUUUUGUAUCUAUCAUGUGGUACAUUUGAAAAUGAGGCCACAAUUUGGUUAAAGUGACAUUCCGUAAAUUGAAAGAAUGAAGAAAUGUCUUUUAGUCUUUGAAGACUAAUAAAACUUGCACUUUCAAAAUAA